AAGAUGUGGGGCAGCGUGAGCAGCACGGAGACGCGCACCUUGGUGGAGAAAGCCAUGCCCAGCCCCAGCGCCGUGCCCAGGCUGAUGGUGGUGACCAGGCAGUACCAGACGUUGCCGCUCUGUGCCAGCAGGACCAGGGCCCCGUACAGGCUGGCCAGGGCCAUGCCCAGCACGAAGCCGGCGGUGCUGCGCGCCACCUCCCACACCUUGCUCUUCUCCUCCAGCCAGCGCUUGUGCCGGGGCUGCCUGCCCCAGGCCCUCUUUGCCCAGCCCCGGAGCCUCUUCAGCCCCAAGACUGGCUCCAUGCUUGAGUCUCUGAGGCUCCCGGUGCAGUUCCUACACCCGAUGCUGCCGGUGGAAUGGCAGUGGGCGGCUCACAAUGCACCGGUUCCACGGGAGCACCCGCCCAUCGCUGGGACGAGCACCGAGCCACGGAGCUGGAGAGCAUGGCUGGCACGGAGGCACAAUGGAGGCAGAAGCCACCCAACACGACCCUGAAGCGAGCAGUGGUCACGCUGCUGCCCACCUCGUGCAGCCAGUUCCUCUGGAGCCGGCCAGACCAGCACCGCGGCACCAAGUUCUUCCUUGGCGCCAGCAUCGGGAGCCUCCUCGGCCUUGGGCUCUGCCAGCUCCUCAUUGUCCCCAUGAACCUCACGGAGACACGCAAGGUGCAGCUGACGUGCGGGCUGGCAGGGGUGACUGUGCUGGGCUGGGCCACGUCCCCGCACGUCCGCUGCGCCAGCCUGCUGGUGGCCCCCAAGUUCCUGGGCAAGGAGGGACGGGUCUUCGUCCUCUCCUUCGUCCUUGCUGCUAUCUACAAUGGGCCCGUGGCCAACGUGUGGCACAACCUGGAUGAGGUGAUCCGCGCGGUGGGCUGCGUGACGGAGCUGCAGGUCAACCACAGCCGCCACCUCUGGCGGGUGUCCACGGUCCCGCUGCGCAUGGUGAUGGAGGACAUGGUGCGGAGUGGGCAGAGGCUGAACGCCGAGACGCAGAACAUCUCGCGUGCCUUCGUGGGGCUCAACGAGGAGGUGGCCAGCGAGGAGGGGUACGACCUGAAGCAGGGCGAGCGCACGGACUCCCAGGCCACGCUCAGCACCCAGAAGCUGUACGAAAUGAAAACCAAACUGCGCUGCACGUAUGUGGUGGACCAGGCCAUGCAGCGGUGCCGGGACUGGUUCAACACGAAGCACAAGGCUUGCAUGGCGCUUAUCGUCGUGCCCCUCAUCAGCCACCUUCUCUGCUUGCCCAUGAAGUUCAAGUUCCUUUGCCACAUCGUCAAGGUCAUGCACAGCUGGUGCUGGGACAGGAUCCCCGUCGAGGGCAACUUUGGGCAGAUGUACGACAUGCUGAACAACUCCGUCAACAACCUCAGCCAGCACUUCAGCGCCAAAGUGGUCUUCCAGGAGGAGCACCACGAGAUGCUGGUGGGCAUCAACGUGUCCGGGGAGCAGAUCGUGGAGGAGGUGACCUCACAGAUCCGGCAGCACAGCGCCCGCCUGGGCCAGGCCGUCUCCUUCUUCCGCCUGCUGCUCUCCUUCACCUUCCUCCUCGUCUUCAUCUCGGCGUUCUCCUACACCAAGAAGUACUGCCAGGACAUCUGCUUUGACAACCUCUACAUCACCACCUAUUUCCGCCAGAUCGACGCCCGCCGCAAAAAGCAGAACAAGCGGACGCUGCUGCCGCUGCGGCGGGCAGAGAUCCCCGCCGUGAUCUUUCCGUGCCGCCUGGCCAUGCAGCCCCGCGAGCUGCAGAGCGUGGUGCUGGAGCUGCUGGAGUGCAUCCCGCCCCUGCUCCUGCUGCUCCUCGCCUGGGGCCUGGACCACACGCUCUACACCAUGCUGAGCAUCAUCCACCAGCACUCCUUCGUGCAGUACUCCUUCCGCAGCAGCCACCACUUGUCCGUGCACGUGACGGGCACGUCCCUGAUGGCUCGGCUCCUGCGGAGCACCAUCGGGUCCCUGAACACCUCCUCCGACACGGAGCUGGAGACGUCCAACUUCGCCUGCCUGCCGCAGCCCCGGGGCAUGACGCGGCAGCAGUACAUGGACAGCUGCCUGCCCCUGGCCGUGCUGGUGCUGCUCUGCCUGCUCCAGGUCUACAUGUACCGCCUGCGCCGCGCCAUCGCCGCCUUCUACUUCCCCAAGCGGGAGAAGAGCCGCGUGCUCUACCUCUACAACAAGCUGCUCCGGCAGCGGCAGUGCUUUGUCCGCCUGCAGAGGAAGCGCAUCGCCCGGCGGGCACGCCGCUACCCAGCCCUGGGGACGUCCCUGCUGGAGUGGUGCUGUCGGCGCUGGCCGCGACUGCACCGCUGGGUGCGCCGGCCGUGCACGGUGUGCGGGGAGCCCGAGUCCUCCCGGGACCACCAGGCCUGUCCCUCGCCUGCCUGCGGCGCCUCGUACUGCAGGCCCUGCUGGAGGGACGUGGGCCGUGUGUGCCCCGCCUGCACCCCCGGCGACCACGGCCUCUCCGAGGACAGCAGCGAGGAGCAGGAGGGGUACGCGGCCUGAGGGAGCCCGGCACCCUGCAAUAAAUGCUGUGUGUUACCCCCAC